AUGGUUUUAUGCCCAAUCUGUAAACAGACCAUAGCAAGAGAAGAAAAAAAAACAAUGGCAUGCACUGUCCCAACAUGUCAAGCCAUUUUCCAUGGAAAAUGUCUAAACGCAGACGAGAGUGAGUUUGAAGCACUGAGGGCAUUACGAAAAAAUUGGGAAUGCCCGAAAUGUGAAAAGGCACGGAAAAAUAUCCAACCGACAGACAAGUGUCUCAGCCCGCCAAGAUCGGCGCCACAACAACAAACUGUCGACAGCACGUCACAACUGUUACUUGCUGCCAUUAAAAAUUUAACAGAAGAGGUCAAGGGAUUAAAAUUCUCCCUCGAUGCCAAUGCUAACGAGUUUUCGAGAGGCAUAAAACAAGAAGGACAGCUACAUUACCAACAAUUCCUGCUGAUAUCACGAACCAAAUUGAAACCCUCAACCAUAACCAGCUCAUCAUAUCUUCACAAGGAUUCAAAGCAUCAGGUUUAG